CUUUUUUGGGGGAAGGGCCCGCCUCGGCUUAGUCCGGGGGGCAGAGAGGAAGGGGAGGCGGCGCCCUCUGGCUCCUCGAUUCCCUCCUUCGUCCUAGCCUUCCCACCCACCCCCCAACAUCCCGGCCUGCAGAUGGGCGCCCACCCCCAAGAUCGUAUGGAUACAACUACAGUGAUAAAAUUGCGCCGUCACUAAUAAUGCCAUGUUCCUUAUUUAAUAUUCCCGCCCCGUCCACUGUGCCUCGUUCCUGACCCUUCUUCCCCCUUCCCUUUCUCUCCAUCCCGUUAAUAAACCUCCGCCAAUCCACUGCCCACCAGCAGCAGAUUCCGUCCUCGACAGGCCUAAUCUCCCUCUCGCUUCGUCAAUUCCAUUCGCUACAAGUCCCAGGAUCACUUCGCUCGUUGGAUUCGCUGUAUAUCCAAACCGUCGCUCUCGAUAAAAAAAAAAACAAGACCCGUAAUAAUCGACUGAACCCGUCAUCCACAACAUUCCACAAUGCAGUUCUUUUACCCUCUCGCCCUGGCCCUCGCCGCCGUCGCCGCUGCCCAGGACGACAGCUGUGAUGCCGCCCCCAUCGUCGAGGCCUGCCUGACUAGCGAGAACGCCAAGGUCAAUUCCUGCGGCCCCGCUGACUACGACUGCCUGUGCGCCGGCUACCAGGCCGUGGCCACCUGCUACAACAACUGCCCCAAGGACCCCCGCGCCUCGCCCGCCCAGGGCCAGGUAACCAUCUACUGCCAGCAGGCCUCCCUCUACGGCUCCGCCGCUCUGCGCAGCAAGACCGAAGCCGCUGCCGCCGCUACCGCCACCGGCUCCGGUGUUGCCUCCGUCUCGGCCUCUGCCACCCCGACGAGGACCGCCGGCGAGGACGCCGCCUCCACCUCGACCUCCGCCACCGCCUCCAGCACCCCCAACAUGGGCGUCGGCCAGCUCGCUCGCAACACCGGCGGCGUCCUCCUCGCCGUCGCUGGCGUCGUCGCCGCUGUCCUGUAAACGGACGAAGAGAGAAAGAGAGAGGGCGUGAUCCCUCCCCCUUCAAGAUGACGAAGAAGACGAGCAAGGCGGGUGAAGCGGAGCGGUUUUUUCCGUCAACGAAGGAUGCCUGAAAAUAUUCAUGUCACUCCAGCGGGUUAAUGUUAUGGUGCCACGGUGCUAAGGAGAUUUGGGAUUUCCAAAAAGGAAAAAGGGGAUUGGUUUCCAAUGCAUACUUUUGGCGGGGACAAAGCAAGCGGCAAGUCAAGCCGACACCAAGGGAAAAGAAAGAAACCCGCAGGAUGUUUAAUGGGGUUUAACCUUUUGUAAUUACCUAAUUCCACCCUUUCAUGACUUUCAUGGACAAAGCCUCCCCUCCCCCAUGAGAUGAAAGGGAAAGAAGAGAGGAAACAAAGCAGAACAAGGUCUACGAGCCAAUCCAAUCGUUUGACGCGG